ACUCCAGCAUUUUGUGUCUGUCCCCACUCCAAGUGUUUGCUUUCCGCUGCCAGUGUGGCCCCAGCCCAGUGCCCUGUGGUCCCGCCGGGCUUGUUUGUGUUUCUCUGGAGCAGGGCGGGGUGGAGUCACUGCGCUGACGUGCUGGGAGGGCUCCUCUCCUCUUUAUAAACGGGCGGCGGAUGGGGCCGUUUCUCAUUUCCCAGGGACAUCUUGAGGAAAUGUGAGCGGGGCUUUUGUGCUGUAUUUACAGCUCCCACUCCAAGCCCGGGGGGGGGGGCGUGUGCGUGUGUGGGGGAGAAAGGCUGAUCUAUUCUUGAGGUGCCUGUCUAAAACCGCGCCACAUAGAGUGAGUGAAGUGGGCAGAGUCAGGCUGAGCCUGGCCAUGGAGGUGUGCACUGCCGAGGAGCGAAUGGUCUACUCCAGAUCGCAGAUGGUGUUCACGGGAACAAAGGCGCUGGAGGAUGCGCUCAGGAUCUUCAUGCCCAAGUGCGACGACUUUCACAACUCGGAGCUGGCGCUGUGGGACUUCCUGUGCAGCAUGAGGGAGGAAGGCUUCUCCCCGCGCAUCCUGCGGAGCAAGGACGUGUACGGUUACUCUUCGUGCCGCUCCGCGGUACCUGAAGCCAAGCCUGCGGCUCAACUUAAAUCUGCCGCCGAGAGGGCGACCAGCAGUCGGCGGAGGAGACAAAGGAAAGCAGGAACCAAUGCGGGGGAGCCCGUCACCAAGAAAAGCAGAAGCUGCCCCACAAAGACCUCUGCCUCGCACGUUAUGAGCAGGGUUUUGCGAGGCAGCUUAUCCAGGAGAGCCGCCGCCUUUAGUCUCACUGCCUUUCCAACCAUAAAAGUUGAAGAUUCCUCUUCCGAUGAAAGUGUUUCCAAAGCACGCCAAAGGGCUCAAAAGAUUCUUAAAGUAAACUUGUCCCCGGUGAUCCGAUUAAGACCCGUGAGGGUGGCCUGAUUUAAGAUUCCAAUGAUGGGACAUUUCUGGAGUUGGAAUAAAUCAAUUUAUCAUGUUUUAAAUCCGCAUUAUCCUCAGAUACUAUUUAUUAUGGAUAUCGGCAAACAAGAUACAGAGAGCGUUUCAAUUCUUUCAUUGCUUCUCCAAUUUUUCAACCUUUAUAAUUGAUGAACUAUUUUUCUCUGUCCCCCCACCCUCGUAUAUUCAUCUCAUUGCUUCCUUGUAGUUGUUAUUGCAGACAAGGAACCCGUCGGAAAUUGGUAAUGAUGAUAAUAGAAACGAGGAUCAAAGAUUAAAUUAACUAUGUACAUUGUCGUUAGUUGAGCGUUGAAGCCAAUGCAUCACAAAGAGCUUGACUGCUAGCAAAGGGGUCCACACUCUGGGUGAAACUGUUCCGUUGUCUUCCUUUGACUUGUUACUCCUUGAAGUCUUUAUCCGCAAAUUAAUUAUUCAGCAAUGGGAACUUGCUAGUUAACACAACUGGGCUUUCCAAUCCCAUAAAUUGAGAUUUUUUUGCUGUGGUAUCUUCACGCUUGAGAAAUGUCAAUAAAUGUAACCAAUUGUAUUUACCAACCCUUGAGGUUGUUUAUUACCUCAAUGAAAUAAUGGGUUUUCAAAAAUACAUUAAUUCGUAUUCUAAUUAAAAUGGUGUAUCUGGAAACCUUUUCUAGUCUUGUUAACAAUUACAUGUAUUGGGAAUGUAUUCCUAAUUUCAUUUGUGUAGUAAAUUCUCAUUGUAUGUAAGCUUUCAUUCUGAGGAAAGGAGGGCUCAAGUGUUGUAAAACAUAUCCUUGUGUGCAAAACCAAAAUGUUUUACCUUGGUCUUGUGACAUACAUCUUUUGUUUUGAUUUUAAUUUGACGUACAAUGUUGGUGCUUAACAUUUCAGGAGCAUUUAUGUGAAUACUCGGAAUGAAACAUCAACCUAUUUUUUGCAGUUAUAGUAGGCCACUGAAGUGAGAAUUUGUAAUAUAUAUUUAAACCAGCAUCUUGGGAAAUAUUGAGAUACCUUUUGUACUGCUUUUCGUUUCCUGAGGUCAAGUCAACACAUGGAAAUACCCAAGUUAUGGUGGAGUUUUACAUGCACAUGUAAUUUUUCUAAAUUGAAUCACAAGGUAUGCCCCUGCCAAAAUAUGCACAUUUUGGUCUGGAGGCAGGUUGUAGUACAGGAUGGAUAGACAAUAGUUAAAUCAGAUUUGAAAAUAAUUUUUCCAUAACUUAUUUGAAACUAAUUUAAUACUUCUAUUUUCGUCAAAUAUUGCAGAAAUUAAACUGUACUGAAUUGUAUUCAAAUUGUAUCAUUUUACCUACCAAGAAACUUCCGUAUGCCAGCAUUUUGCCACCCUGAAGGACAAUGCCACUCUGGAAUAGGAAGUUAAAAAUCCACUAAGAACCUGUCCUUUAUUUAGUAUUUUACGGUUUCUUUCAUAUUUUACUUCGGAAAUUCAACUCUGGGAGUAGAUUUAGUACAAAUUAUGUGUUUAUAGACUUUGAAUGUGUCGUAAUUACCGAAAUGCUGUUUAACGAAGUACAGUGGUUGUACUAGUAUAUUAGGAAAUUAGAAGGGGUUGCAUAAUUGGAAUACCUAUUUAUUAAAAUACUUCAUUUUAUUAAAUGUAAACUUGCAAAGUUAAUACAUUGAACAAGUUGACACCACUUCCAAUAAGUAGACGUCCCUGCUUCUGUUUAAUUGUAUUCAAAGUAAUAGUAAGUUACAAUAUGGUAAGCUAAUGUAUUUGUUCAAAGAAAGGACCAGAGGAAAGGAAUCCACAUCUAAUGCUAAAGAGAAUAUAGUCACAAAAAGCUGGAGUAACUCAGCGGGACAGGCAGCAUCUCUGGAGAGAAGGAAUGGAUGACAUUGCAGGUCGAGACCCUGCUUCAUCACCUAUUCCUUCUCUCCAGAGAUGCUGCCUGUUGUGCUGUUGCUCCAGAUUUUUGUGUCUAUCUUCAGUUUAAACCAGCAUCUGUUGUUCCUUCCUAACACUAAAGGGAAGUGAUUGUUUUUCCAAGGAGGGAGUUAUGGUCAUCUUGGAAGUAGGUAUCAUCCUUUGCACCUGCUUCUCGCUCCAAAGUUAGUUUUGAGUGAAUUUUAGUUACUCAUUUGCACGUUAUGGAGCCGAUCAAAGUAGUUUGCAUAUGGCUUGAGUAUGUCUCAUAUUUCUGCGUAUAUGUCCAUUUGUUUUUUUCUGCAUUAAGAGUAUUCCUUCCAAUGAUGUGUGCAACAAAAAAAUGGUUAAGACUACUUAUUAGGUAUUUUUGGAAAAGAGAGAUGACUUGUUCACUGGUAUGGCUUGUACAUUGCUAUAUUCAUCCAAUGUAGUUGGGCUUGAUAGAAUUUAACAUUUAUUUUCCAAAACAUGGCUUUUUAGCCUCUUGAUUUUAAUGUUUACUUAAAUUUAAAUCAAUGGAAAUCGUAAAACACGAUCGUAAAGCAUCAAUGGUUUCAAAACAUUUUUUUUUCUCCCUCCUUCAAAUAAAGUGAAAACCUACAUGUAUUUUAAGCCCAAGAAAGGUGUUUUCUACAAAGAAACAAAAGACUGCAGAUGCUGGAAACUGGAGCAACAAAACAAUCUGCUGGAGGAACUCAGUGGCAUCUUUCCACCCACAGAUACUGCUUGACCUGCUGAGUUCCUCAAGCAGAUUAUUUGUUGCUUAAGGUGUUUUCUACAA